AUGGCUUUCUGUGGCGCACAAUGUGUGUCCAGCCCGUGUCAGGCAGCAGCAUCGGAAGGGCAGGUGCGGGCCGAAACCACGCGGCGCAUCAAGCAGCUCGGGCGGCAGGGCAAGCCGCGCGAGGCGGUUGCUGAGCUGGCCAACAUGGCCAAGCUGGGCAUACAGCCCGACACGCUGGCCGCCACCGCGCUGCUGGACGCCUGCUGCCGCAACGGCAAGAUGGAGAUGGCCAGGUCUGUGUUUGCGGAGCUGUUUGACGGCCUGCUGGCCCCGGACGAGGUGGUGUUUGCGGUCAUGCUGCGUGGCUACGGCGCCGCCAGCGAGCGGCCGCAAUGGAACGAGAUCAGCUCGACGCUGCAGCAGAUGGAGCAACAGCACGGCAUCCAGCCCAGCAUCGUCACCUACAACGCGCUGCUGGAGUGCUGCACCAAGCACAACGAUGGGGAGCGGGCGGGGGAGAUCAUGGGGCGCAUGCUGGUGGCGGGGGUGCAGCCAGACGACUUCACGCUCGAGGCGGUGCGCCCCCGCAGGUCCAUGCGCUCCCUGCUCAAGCGCAACUUCAACGUCACCUUCUGAACUGACCCCCUUGCCAGAACAGGGGCUGCCCUGCUGGGUGCACGAGGACCCGUCGGCUCAGCCGCACUGUGCAUCGCUGCUGCAUUUGUGUGCUGCGCCUGCGCCUGCUUUCAUUGACGUUCUUUAGCCUGCUCGCUGGCCCAGGAUUGAAAUUCAGUGUAACAGGCAGCCUCC